AUGCGGCAGUGCCCUUUCUCGACAGCAUGUCAGGAUUGGACCUCACUUGAGAAGGUGGGUAUUUUACGCAAGGGAACGCUGCACCCGCGCACCGAGUACUAUGCAAACUGGUGUCAGCUGGUCCUUGCGGUGGUGGAGAUUAUGGUGAGCAAGGUGAAGGCAGACCGGGCAAGCGAGAAGGCCAAGGUGCCAGGGAGCACGGUACCGGAUCAGCGGAAAUCCCUUUUGGCUCGGCUGGAGUUCAGCAAAUUCCUCGCAGACCUCCUCAAGGCUUUCUGGGAUUGCGAGCUCCCCUUCGCGUCGGAGUUGGCUUUUUGCCUCGCAGGGCUCUGGGCCGCGCUGGUGAGCACGCACAAGUACGCGCUGCGAGCCCUCAAGUGA